GCUGGUUGCUAGGCGACGACACCCAACCGGCACGCCCUUCCUCCGCCCACGGCAGACGCUCGGGCCCUUGCAGUAUCCCAGCUGAGCAGGAGCGAAGUGGGGCACCCACCGAAACUCCGGGUACGUUCGCGCCCUCUGUGCCGGGCAGCCCGGUGGUGGCGGGGGGAGGCGAGAAAGAAGGUGCGAGAGCGCCGUGGAGCCGCCCGCAGGCAGGGCGCCUCCCGGGAAGAUGGGGUACCACGGGAAAUGCAUCGAGACUGUGAUCGAGCAGCUGGACCAGUUUAAGCCCGAGAAGGACAGUGCCGAGCAGCUCCUGGAGGCCACGGCCGCCUCCCUGCAGAGCCUGAGCCUCCGGAAGCAGGCGUUCGUCCUGGAGGUGCUGUCCGGCUGCCUGGAGUACCGGCAGCUGCUGGCGGUCGUGGUGGAUGCCUUCUACGCCCAGGAGGGCCGGCUCUGCCUGUGGGCCGACUACAACCGCUUCCUGGUGACCUGCUACCUGGCUACGUUCCAGCUCCAGGAGCUCGGCUUCCAGCUCUUCAGCAGCAUCGUCAAGUCCCAGCCGGCGGACAAGAUGUGCAAGUUCCUCAGGUUCUUCUUCAACCCCUUGAACCUGAACUCGUGGGUGGAGGACGAGUGGAGCCUCGUCUACGAGAAGCAGCUCGUGGAGACCUGGACCGCCCCCCUGCUGAGAUGGCAGCCAGACAUCCAGGGACUCAUCAACCAGCUGGAGGGGGCGGUGGCCAUUCAUCCCCCUCCUUCAAAGCCCAAGGUCACCAAGCCCAAGAAGUUCAACCUGACUGUCCCCAAGCCCCGAGCCAUUCCAAUGCCUGAGCCUGUCCCUGUUGUGGCCAAGCCAAAACCAGUCCCCAGGAGCACCUACCAGUCACCCAGGGAGCCGCAGGUGCUGGAAAUGACCAAGAGUUACAAUAAGGAGGAGAAAGAGGAGGAGGAGGAACUGCUGCUGAAGGCGAACCUGGAUGAGAUGCGCUGUGCGAUGCCCUGGGCCCGCGGGGAGCCCCCCCUGCAGGACUCCAAGAAGCUGCGACUGCAGUGCUCGUCCCUGAUCCACCAGAGUCCGAAGCUGACCUUCUACAAGCCCAACGAGGUCCCGGUGAAGCUGAACACGACGGCCAUCCUGCGGGAAGAGGCCCUGUACCAGCGGCAGGUGGAGAAGGAGCUGCAGAGGUGGGGGCAGGAGGAGGAGGGCAGGCCGAGGGGGGCCCAGCAGAUGGCGGAGCGGAUGCAGCGCUGCGCGCAGAGGCGCCUGCAGGAGGAGCGGUCUGCGAAGGAGCGGGUGGAGCAGGUGAUGGAGGAGCAGAAGAACAUCAAGGCCGCGCAGAUGAAGCUCCUGAGGGACCGGCGCCAGGCAGCCCAGGCGGUGACCGCGGAGACACUGGCCCUGCACCAGCAGCGCGCUGAGGCCGCCCGGGAGGAGCAGCAGCGGCGCUGUGAGCUCAUCGCCCACCUGCGGGCCAUGGAGACACAGCCCACGCGCAGGGGCAAACUCGUGGACCUGACCCAGAUCCCGGGGCACGGCCGCAGGGGAGAGAUGGGGCAGGAGAAGAUCCAGGAGAAGACCCCGGAGGCCCAGGCCACACCGUCCCAGGACGAGCGUGUGCAGGAGCUGCAGCGCCGGAUCGAGGAGGUGGCCGAGCGCCGCAGUCCCGUCAACCCGCCCGUAUUUGAUGUGCUAAAUGAGGCCACCUUCCCUUCCCUGCACCCAUCACGCCCUGCUCCCCGGCCUCCGGCACCCCCUCUGCAUGUAGAAACCUGCCACCUGCACGGUGUCCGGUGUCCAGAGUCCAGUGGCUUAAUCCGGGACCCGAAGACUGGGUGUGUGAUUGUGUUUGGUCGGAGAAGUGGCCAGGGUUCUUGA